UAUAUAUAUAUAUAUAUAUGUAAAUAUAUAUAUAUAUAUACACACACAUAUAUAUAAAUACGCAUCUGAAUAGUUAUUUUAGUUAGUAGUACUCAGUAGGUAACAUUAAUUGGUCUGCCAAUAUGAGCGGGUUUGUAUUGCCAUCGUUUCCCACGAACGCUCCCUCGAUGGGUGACGUGGAUGAGGAGAUUAUUCGCAGGACUAAUGCAAAGGCUAGAGGGGCUAAAGCGGGUACCUUCCAGGCAAUGGGACUCAAUCCUUUGCUUCUGAAAGGUAUCACACAGAAGGGUUAUAAAGUACCUACGCCAAUCCAACGUAAGACCAUUCCCCUGGGCUUAGAGGGCCGGGAUGUGGUUGCCAUGGCACGUACAGGUUCGGGAAAGAGUGCGGCUUUCCUGAUACCUCUAUUUGAGAAGUUGCUGUUGAAGAAGACUACUACAAUGAUAAGUGAUGGAUCGAAGGGGACUGGUGUGCGAUCGCUAGUUUUGUCACCCACGCGUGAGCUUGCACUACAGACACUUGGAUUUAUCAAGGAUCUGGGCAAGCACCUACAGAUGCGGUCAUGUCUGAUUGUGGGAGGUGAUUCCAUUGAGGAUCAGUUCACCCUCCUGCACAAUAACCCCGACAUAGUCGUGGCCACCCCGGGGCGUUUGACCCAUCUUCUGGUAGAGAUGAACCUACCGCUCAGCGCGUGUGAAUAUGUGGUGUUUGACGAAUGCGAUCGUUUGUUUGAGAUGGGUUUCGAGGAACAGGUUAAAGAAAUCAGUGCGCGUUUGCCGGCUGAUAGACAGACGAUGCUGUUCUCAGCUACCCUUCCACGCACCCUGGUCGACUUUGCACAGGCCGGUCUUAAAGACCCUGUGCUUAUUCGAUUGGAUGUAGACACUAAGCUACCUGCGGAGUUGAAGCUGUCCUUUUAUUCUGUAAGACAAAACGACCGCCUUGCUCUGCUACUGCAUAUUCUCCGCACCAAGAUCAGCGAGGACGAAAAAACUCUGGUUUUCGUCGCUACUAAACACCAUGUGGAGUUCAUGCGUGAGCUGCUGGAGACGGAAAAGAUCUUGUGUUCGUACUGCUACGGUAGUCUGGACAUGACAGCGCGUAAAAUCCAAGUUGCCAAGUUUAGAAGCGGAAAAGCUCCCGUACUGAUUGUGACAGAUGUCGCUGCUCGUGGUAUAGAUAUCCCGCAAUUGGAUAAUGUGAUUAUGUACGAUUUCUCACCGAGCCCAAAGCUGUUUGUGCAUCGUGUGGGACGUGUAGCUCGUGCAGGUCGUCAUGGAAGCGCGUACUGCAUGGUGAUGCCUGAGGAGGUACCGUAUUAUUUGGAUCUAAUGUUGUUUUUGGGUAGAGAUGUUAGAAUAGCUGGUCGAUUGAACCGGGGCAAUACAGAUACAUCCGACGAUACGGAUAAUAUAAUUGGAACCGUGCCCGAAAUUCUACUGAUGGAUCUACGUGAGCACGUGAAGGAACUCCACAAGUCCAACUACGAUUUGGGAUCAGUCGCGAAAACAGUUGAGAAUGCGUAUCAAAUGUACAACAAAAGUCGACCCAAGCCGUCGUCUGCAUCUGUGCGUAGAGCGAAGGACGAGAUAGUUGGUCACCAUGUAGCAAUCCAUCCCGAUUUCCUGGGUUUGGUUGAUGAACAUGCAUUAGCAGCGAGUGAAAUACUCAAAAAAGUGGCCGGUUAUAAAUCAGCGAACACUGUGUUCGAGACCAGUCGGCUCAAGAAUAGUGCGGCGGCGGAUGCGAUGAAGAAGAAGCGACAGAUACACUCGGGGGUCAUUGAGAAGGUCAAAAAACAGAAACAGGAACGGAAAGAGAUGGAGACUGCAGAGAUUGCGAAGUUGAAUGGCAAUGCAAGACAGGGUGACAAGAAACGCAAAGCCGCAGAGAUGGAGACGGCCUCCGAUCAAUUGAUUGGGAAAAUGUUCGGUACUAUAAUAGACCCUGCCAAACGCAGCCGCGACUAUAAGAAAGAUGAGGAAACGCAUGAAGAUGACGAUGCUGGCGCCGAGUUUGAAGAUAUGCAUGAUGAUGAGGUGAAUAAUGCAGUGAAUACCGUUACCGUGAAACGGUCAAAGCGGGACGAAACAAACUAUAUUCCUUAUCAAAGCAAGAACCAUCAUCAUGAAACUGGAUUGGCCUUGGGCGAUUCGUUUGUUAUGGCUGCUAGAGAUGCUGUGGUCGAAUUCACUGGGGACGAUGAUGGUGACCUUCGCAAGCAGACUCAGAAGAAAAAAUGGGACCGUAAAAAGAAGAAGUACGUCGGCGAGGCCAACGAUGACCCAACCAAAAAGAAGGUCAAGACUGAAUCCGGAAACUAUAUCAACGCUUCGUACCGUGGUAAUUUAUACAGUGAGUGGAAGAACAAACACCAUGUUACGGGUGGUGCUGGUGAGAGCAGUCUGCCACAGAUCACCGGUGCACGUGGACGCGGUAGAGGCAACUACAAGCAGGGCAACCAGAAGCAACAGAAGAGUGAACACGUGCCCUUAAGGGGUAAGGGUCCGCAGAACAGAGUCAAGGAGGAGAUGAAGAACAAAGACCAGAUGCUCAAGACAAGGAAAAAGACUCAGAGAGUUAAGGAGCAUUUGCAAAAGGUGGAGAAAAAGAAGGCUGCCGGGAAGAGAGGCGGGGGCGGUGGCAGUAAGGGCAAAGGGAAAGGCGGCAGGUAGUACCGAUGUCCUACUUCGGACACGUACUUACGGAACUUGAACUAUAAAUGCAGAAUUAUAGUAGUAGGCGAUGGAAUAGAACUGCGAAAAGGCAAUUGCAUAGGUUGUUAUGUGGUAGUUCGUAUCUACAGACCACCGAUAGUAUCUCGUACUCGUAUACUUUUACAAAUACUUUCGACACAAAUCUUCACUGCAAGCAAACCAUUCUAGUGUUUUCUCGUGUAUACUGGAAGGGAACUUGACAAUAUAUCACCUGACAAAAUGCCUAUAUAUUUGUGUACACGUAUAUUAGUGGAUUGCAAAGAAUGCAACUGUAUACGUAUGCGCAUGCGGAUUACGAGACCAUUGAGUCAUGAUAAAUUCAAUUGUACAUACCAUGCCCUAUUUACAGUUUCGGUGAAUGCAACUGUAGUUGUCAAAACUUUGUUUGGGUCAGCUUUGAGACUUUUUGCUCAUGCCAGGGAGCGAGCGUCGCCAUGAUGCAUAUGCUCAUGGAUGUAUUUCACAGUAUUUCGUCAUAGCCUUUUUAUCCUUUUUUCUAGUGGGCUAUGAUUUUGUUCCUUAACGAGCUGGUACACCUAGAAGGGUGGAAAUGAAGAACUGCUGGUCGCCACGAGUGACAAUGUCGAGAUGAUAUAUUUGAACAGGGUAGACUUUCAUAAAUAGUUAUUGCUUGGCGAUUUUAGAACGUUGCAAGACACACCCUCCCCUCCACAAGUUUUGCUCUUGUCGACACCG